CUAGAUGGGAAAAAUUUUGAAAAAUCAAGAGGAUAAUCAACUUAGAAAACUAUAAUAAUAACAAGAAACAACAGAGAACCUUCCUAAAUUCUUUCUUCCAUACUUUCCAGUUCUAAAGUCAGCCAGUCACCAACUUCUGUCUUCCUUUUAAAUUAAUGUUUCAAUCUAAUUGCUGUUUUCUUCAAGCCUGAUUCAUCUUCUCAAAAAACAGAACUCUUCUUUAGUAGUACAUCAGAUCUUUCUGUCUCAAUAAAAUGGCCAAAAAACCCGUCAAAUACUAUGUGGUUGACGCGUUUACUGAUUCGGCUUUCAAGGGAAACCCAGCAGCGGUUUGUUUGUUGGAGGAAGACAGAGAUGACCAGUGGUUGCAAGCUGUAGCAGCUGAGUUUAAUCUUUCUGAGACUUGUUACUUGACUCGGAGCAAGGGCUUCUCCUCUCAUACUCCCAGGUUUAGUCUUAGAUGGUUCACUCCUGUGACUGAGGUCGAGCUUUGUGGCCAUGCAACAUUAGCAUCUGCAUAUAUUCUCUUCACAACUGGGUUGGUAAAUUCAGACAUGAUUGAAUUCGAUACACUAUCCGGAAUUCUUACUGCCAAAAAGGGUCCAGAUUUCAAGGCUCCAAUUUCUGAUGUCUCUCAGAUUCAGGGUGGCGAAGAGCAUCAAAAUUGCUUUUCGGUUGAGUUGGAUUUUCCUAUAGUUCCCUACACCGAAUUCGAUUCUACUGAGGUUUCAGCAAUCUCCAAAGCAUUGAGCGGUGCUGCUGUUAUUGACAUUAAGAGGACUCCAGAUGGUCUCCUCCUUGUUGUGCUCCCAUCUGCAAAAUCCGUCAUAGAAUUACAGCCACAGAUAGAUGACAUACGUAAAUGUGGUGGAGAAGGAAUAAUUGCUUCAGGGGCUGCUUCUACGGAGUCUGGAUUUGAUUUUGCUAGUCGAUGCUUCUUCCCAAAAUGUGGCAUAAAUGAGGAUCCUGUUACUGGGGGUGCACAUUGUACCCUGGCACCCUAUUGGAGCCAAAAGCUGGGAAAAUGUGAUUUCAUCGCUUAUCAGGCAUCAGCUAGAGGUGGAAUAUUGGGCCUUCAUUUAGAUGAGAAGAAUCAGAGAGUGCUUAUGCGGGGAAAAGCUGUCACUGUGAUGGAAGGCACUCUUUUGGUUUAGAUUUCCAACUUGAUUUCUUUAUAUAUGUAUCAUUAAACUGAAGUAGACGUUGGUGGUGAUUGUGUCGAAUAAUUCCCUUCGCUUUCCAAUGCUAACGCAGCUGGUGUGUAAUAACUAGGGUUCGUAUCUGACCCCUGCUUUGUUGGAUUAAUGUUGUUUCCGAUUUUAUGACAAACUUUAAAGUUGUGGAUUAUGUCUGACUGCCUUGUCCGUUAAUACA